AUGGCAUUGGCGUUGACAGCUGCUUCACGACUGAAGCCAGAAAUCCGGCUGGCGMAAGCCGUAUCCGAAUUUGAGGCCGACCUGACUAUGGAACAGAAAAUUCGUUUCAACUCAUAUAAAACACAAGUUCACAAAUCGCCGCCGGAGAUUCACGAUGUCAUGCGACUCACGGCUGAGAUCGAUCAGAAAAUCUCGCCCAAGAUCGGCCGGGGCCGUUGUUAUGGUCCGCGACUUACCAACUUCCUACAAGGUGUUCAGCAAUUUGUGGGUUUGGGAGACAUUAUAGUUGGCGGCUCUCAGAAUCUGGUCGCAUGCGGCGUGUGGUCGCUCGUGCGAAUGUCCUUGAUGUCGCUAGUCAGCUCUGCUUCAUAUCUCGAGAAAGUAUCCCGGCUUCUCAUGAUUGUAGGUCGAGGGGCGCCUCGAUACCAAACUCUAGCAGCUAUAUAUCCCCGUUCGAAGGAAUUGCAAGCAAACCUCGGCGAAUAUUUCAUUGUGGUGGUCCGUCUAUGCCAUCAUAUCCUCAAAUUCACCCAAAAAUCAACAGUUAUGCAACUUACCUCUACUAUGAAUACUUCAACUCUGGAAUCUUUCCAACCGGAACUUGAGAUUUGGGCUACAGCAAUCAAAGAAGAAGUGAAUUUAUUGAUGGCCAAGAGGUCUGAAGAUGAAGCGGACAAAAAUUCAAAAUUUAGAGAUUGGUCACUCGGCUUCAGGACUCUCGAUUCCCACCAAAGACAACUCGCAGCAACUCGACGGGUGCUUGAUCUGUGCUCGACAUACGACCACCAAGCGAAGUGGAAACAGAUUCGCAAGGUCGGAAACGCGACGGUAUUUCAGUCGGACGAAAAGUAUCAGAAUUGGAAAAGCUUCCCAAAAUCAGCCACUCUUAUGUAUACGGGAAGAUUAGGGUCUGGCAAAUCUGUUUUAAUGGCCAACAUUGUUGAUGAUUUAAACAUGAACUUGCAAGACAACAUCUUGGUGGCAUAUUUCUUCUGUCGACAUGAUGAAGCAGAGAGUUUGAAAGCGAAAACGAUUCUCGGCUCUUUGGCCCGACAACUUCUCGUCGCCGCCAAAACUUCUGCAGUGGAACUCAAGAGAUUCGAUGAAAACAAACUGAAAGACGUGGAAGAUCUUAUGGUGAUGCUAGACACAACUUUACCGGCCGAACAUAGAGCAUUCUUUGUGUUGGACGGUCUUGAUGAAUGUGGCCAUGCCGUGGCAAAGAAAGUGAUUCGACAUCUUCGAGCUACGCAAGUGAAUUGCAAUCUGCAUCUAUGUAUUUCGCUGAGAUUGGACCCGAAUCAGCUACUGCGGUAUCCCCCUGAAGAUUUCGCUAUAUGUACCGUGAUUUCGGUCCCAGUCGAAAACCCAGAUAUUGAAGCCUUUAUCGAGCGUGAACUGGAAAAUCGUAUUCAGUUAAAUGAGCUGAUAAUAGGCAAUCCGGAGCUCAUCCUCGAUAUCCGAGAUAGUCUCAUGGCUGGAUCACAGGGAAUGUUCCUCUGGGUGGCUCUUCAGAUUGACAUCUUAUGUACAAUGAAAACAGAUGAUGGGAUUCGCCAAGCGCUGGCUGAUCUCCCCAAAGAUCUUUCAACUACAUUCACCCGUAUGUUGAAAAAGCACGAACCAAAAACGAAACCAGAACAGCGAACGAUUCUAGAAAUUCUCGCAGUGGCUCAGCGCCCCCUCACGAGCGACGAGCUUCGGGAAGUUUUGAGUGUAACACCUAGCGACACCUCGUGGGAUCCAGGCAAACUGCUCAAUGACGUGAAGUCGGUCUUAGCGAGCUGUGGAAGUCUCGUCAUUAUCGAUGAGGAAGAUUCGACGGUCCAAUUCAUUCAUCAUAGUGUCAAACAGUUCCUCAUUGAAGAAUAUCGUGACUCGAGUGGCAAAGAGUUUGUUAUCGAUGAUGCCAAUCUGAAUAUGGCAAGAUUGAUACUCACCUAUCUCAGUUACGACCGAUUUGAUAGACAGCUGUCUACGUCUGUUGUUCCUCGAAUGGAUGUUGGUUCCGCGCCCUAUAAAAUAGUCAAAUCGACUAUCAAAUCUCAGAGCGGCGUUCAAGAAGCUGCUUUAAAACUCCUCAGGCUCAAGACGAGACGUGAUCAGGACAUAGGAAGGACGAUACAAGCAAUGAAUGCGCGACAUCAUGAAGUCAAAGAGUACGAUUUUCACUUUUUGAACUAUGCGAAAUUAUAUUGGAUACACCACUUGUGUGCAACGUCAGCAAGUGAAAUACCAGAACUAUCAUUGCUGGCUAAAAUCCUUGAGAGGCGAGCUGUGUCCAUUGAUGAAGCCGUUGCGUACUCUGAAACAUCCCCUGGUAGCCAGAUAAUAGAAUCACGGUCCAAAACGCCACGGAACUUAGUAGAAGUCGCUCCUGGCGGACAGAACUCUGUAUACCGACCAAAGGAUCGCCGAGGAAUAACCUUACUUUUCUGGGCCUGUGGCCUGGAAGAGCUGUCCCUUUUACGGAGACUGAUCCAGAUCGAUGGUAUUGAACCCGAUCAUAGAAAUAUGCAAGGACAGACGCCGUUGUUACAUGCUGCUCAGUGUGGUUAUAAAGUUGCUGUUAGAGAAUUGUUACUUACCAAACGCGUCGAUCUGGUGGCAAGAGAUCUACACGGUUAUACACCACUUAUAUGGGCCGCGCGUCGUGGAUACAGAGAUAUCGUGUAUGAUUUGCUCACAAGGCAUGGGUUGACGGCAGCAGAACAUCCAGAAACUCUGAUUGCUAAUAAAGUCAUCAAAGACGGGUCGUGGUCAUUAGAUGCAUCUCGAACCGCCGCUCAGCUCGGCUCCAUCGAUUUCAGGGAUUCAAGGCAGCGCACGGCAUUAUCAUAUGCUGCUGGAAUAGGUUCUAGCGAAUGUGUCUGCGAACUACUUGUAUUGGGUGCAGAUCGCUCAUUAGCUGAUGUUCUGAACCGAACACCCUUGAUGCACGCUGCCCUUUCUUAUCGUGCAAAUGCUGUUCAACAAUUUUAUGACUUCCCCGAUCCUGAUUACGACCGCGAUUUUCCCGACAAUAAAGAUUUCGAAGGACGGACGGCUCUAUCCUACGCUGCUCAAUAUGGGACCUUACCUAUGGUUCAAAUAUUUCUACGGGAUAAGCGCAUUGACCCGGACACGAGGGAUAAUAAAAAUCGAUCCCCAUUAUCUUAUGCCGCUCAGGAAGGGAAUCCAGACAUUGUUGAGGCUCUGCUUAUGAACUCACAAGUUGAUGCAGACUCACGGUGUGCCGUUGGGCUCUCGCCUCUAUCAUGGGCCAUUGAAAAGAAAAUACCUUUAGCGAAAGGGGACGGCAUCUCUUCAAAAGAAGAAGAUACGCAGCGCUCAAUUAUCCGAGCCUUUCUUGACAGUGGCCGAGUUAACAUCAACACAAAGGACAAUGCAGGCCGGACGCCGCUGAUCAGGGCGGUCUUUCAUCAGCGGUAUUCAUUCGUUGCACUCCUUCUCGACUAUGGCUGCGACAUUCAUAUCCAGGACAAUGGAGGCAAGACUGCACUCGAUUGGGCCCAGUGGAAUGGAAACGAGAAAAUUAUCCAACUGCUACGAGAGCAUACCUCGGGUUCGAGUGGAAAGAAGAUGUUCACGUCGUAUGGCCAUUUGACACAUCGAUUCAAUGACUAG